AUGCUACAAACUGCUGUUAGGCGCCAGCCGUCUGACGAGAGCCAGCUCAUCCACCUCAGUGCAAGCUCGUUGAGGCUCCUCUGGCUUGCAACGUGCAUUACCUACUUGCUCUUCCUACGCCUCCUUAGCGCAUUAAUCAGCACCUUUGUCCAACUCCCGCUAUGGAUAAAGGCACAUACUGCCAGAAUCGAGUCUCGCAUUGUCAGCCUUGCCGCUUCAAUCCUCCGGGUGGUAGCUGGCGAAACAAACCCUACAUCGUCUGGACAGCAGCAUCGAGGCCGCCCCGGACGAGACGAAAGCUACUCAGCUCGCUCAAUGCCGACUGGACCAGCAGACGGUAUCAUCGCGCCGAGACACAGCUCUCUUGAGUUUGACGGCAUGUCCGAAGCAUCGUAUCGUCAGCUGGAUACAAGAUGGCCUACGCAUCGGCCACAAGCCCCCCGCCCUCCGUAUCGCCGUGGAUUUGAAAAUCUUAGGCCAUCGGUCACAGUUACUCCUCCACAGCUGGCAGUAGUCAAUCGUGGAGCCACCAGGACUCCUCUUGGUUACGACGGUGCCGCUUCUUCUCCUACGAUCAUAAGCCCUAUCCCGGGCCUACCAAUCCCGUCGAUACCUACCUUUAUCACUCGCAUGCCGUACAUAUCAGUCAGCGACUCGAUAUACUCAUCAAGCUCCACCGGUCUUUUGGGCCGCAGGCGUCGUGUAUCUACAACAAGUAGUGGCUUAGGAGGAACACCCCAAGCCAAGUCAGAGGCCUACACGGACUUGCUUCCUCCACGACCUUCUGUCGACUGCGACAGUCCUUGUCAGUCUUCCGAGAAACUCCGAGUGCACAAAAAUGCCCAGGAUACACCUUCCACAAGCGACACAACAUGUCCCGGAAGGUUUCCUAGCAGUGAAGAGCUCGAGUACAGUUCCUUGGCAGCAGUUGCACAGCAGUUUAUCCAGGGCAGUGAAAGUGUACGAAAAGGAUGA